AAAAAACAAAAAACAAUGAAAAGGUAUUAAAUUGGCUCUCUCUCUCUCUCUCUCUGCUCUCACAUUCAUUCAUUCUCUCAAUGCAACCUCGUGGGUCGACGAUAUCUUUUCGCCAGAUUCUCUAGAAAUCGCUCUCGCCCCGAUAAAGAAGGCUCUGCGAAAAUCCCAACCCUUCCUCUAUUCAAUCCGGAACUGCUCUACGAAAGCGACGAUCCUCGAUUCACACGAGACUCUUCGUCGUUCUGAGAUUGUUUCAUGAUGGGUCAAGACACCAAUGGGAUCGAGUUUCAUCAGAAGAGGCACGGUCUUUUGAAGGAUCAAGUCCAAUUGGUUAAGAGAAGAGACUCGGUUCGGUACGAGAUAGUUCCUAUUCAGGAUCGGUUGUCGUUUGAGAAGGGCUUCUUUGCUGUUAUCCGUGCGUGCCAGUUGCUUUCUCAGAAGAACGAUGGGAUCAUAUUGGUUGGGGUCGCUGGUCCUUCUGGUGCGGGGAAGACGGUGUUUACCGAGAAGAUACUCAACUUUCUGCCGAGUGUAGCUGUCAUAUCGAUGGAUAACUAUAAUGACGCUAGUCGGAUUGUUGAUGGCAACUUUGACGAUCCACGGUUAACAGACUAUGACACAUUGCUCAAGAAUCUUGAAGAUUUGAAGGAAGGGAAACAAGUUGAGGUUCCUAUAUAUGAUUUUAAGUCCAGCUCUCGUGUUGGAUAUAGGACACUUGAUGUCCCAGCUUCUAGGAUUGUGAUCAUUGAAGGAAUCUAUGCUUUGAGUGAAAAACUGCGACCUUUGUUGGAUCUUCGUGUGUCUGUUACUGGUGGAGUUCACUUUGAUCUUGUUAAAAGGGUUCUGCGUGAUAUACAACGUGCAGGUCAACAGCCAGAGGAGAUUAUUCAUCAGAUAUCUGAAACAGUGUAUCCGAUGUACAAAGCUUUCAUAGAGCCAGAUCUCCAGACUGCUCAAAUUAAAAUCAUUAAUAAAUUCAACCCCUUCACUGGUUUUCAGAGCCCAACAUACAUCUUGAAGUCAAGAAAAGAUGUAUCUGUUGAUCAGAUCAAGGCUGUUCUUUCUGAAGGAUACACAGAGAAUAAGGAGGAAACCUAUGACAUAUAUCUUCUUCCACCGGGUGAAGAUCCAGAGUCGUGCCAAUCACAUUUGAGGAUGCGGAAUAAAGAUGGAAAGUACAGCCUCAUGUUUGAGGAAUGGGUCACGGAUACUCCUUUUGUCAUAUCCCCAAGGAUUACUUUUGAAGUGAGCGUUCGCUUACUUGGUGGGCUCAUGGCACUGGGAUACACAAUAGCCACCAUACUUAAAAGGAACAGCCAUGUAUUUGCUACCGAAAAGGUUUGUGUGAAAAUCGAUUGGCUUGAGCAGCUGAAUCGUCACUACAUGCAGGUGCAAGGUAAAGAUAGGCAACUUGUACAGAGCACUGCAGAGCAGCUAGGACUGGAAGGAUCAUUCAUUCCGCGCACCUAUAUUGAACAGAUCCAACUUGAAAAACUGAUAAAUGAAGUAAUGGCUCUACCAGAUGAUUUGAAGCACAAGCUUAGCUUAGAUGAGGAUUUGGUGUCUAGUUCAAGCCCAAAGGAAGCGCUCUUGAGAGCCUCUGCAGAUAGAGUAGCCAUGAGAAAUAAGAACCUCAAAAGAGGCAUGUCACACUCGUAUUCAACCCAAAGAGAUAAGAAUCUUUCCAAGCUUGCUGGUUAUUCUUCAAGCGAUAGGAGGUACGAAGAGAGAAACCAUGACUCUCCAGCCAACGAGGGGUUUAUGACUCAGCUUUCGGAACAAAUAUCAUCACUGAAUGAGAGAAUGGAUGAGUUCACAAACCGGAUCGAAGAGCUGAACUCAAAGCUGAGCUGCAACAAGAACUCUCCAACACAGCAGAGCAUGACAGUCCAAGCCGAAGUUUGCAAUGGCUCAGCUCCAACAUCGUAUUUCAUUUCUAGUCUAGACAAUGGCUGUUUGACGAAUUCCAUAAUGCCACAUUCAUCUUCAUCUUCCCAGUUAGCCAAGGAUUCCCCACUUAUGGAAGAGAUAUCAACCCUCUCACGUGGGCAGCGUCAAGUGAUGCAUCAACUGGAUAACCUGUGCACUCUGAUGAGAGAAAGCUCAUCAGCAGAAAGGUCACGGCUAGCAAGAACAGGAAGCAACAACAGAAGCCGAUCAAGCAAAAGCUUCUUCUUGUCAAAUGCGGAAUCUAGUAGCCUCCUCCCUCUCAAGUUAACAGCCUUGGCGGCUCUUUGCAGCGUAGGGAUUGUAGUGAUCAAGAGUUACAUUAACAAGCGGCAAUAACAUCAUUAACCCUUCUCUCUUUACUUUUUUUGGAUAUUUUUUUCUCACUGGAGGCGUUUUGUGAGCUUCUACGUAGACCGACCGAUGAAACCAUUUCUCAUCCCCUAAAUUAGAAGACAAUUCUCAUUUAAAUUUUAUUCAAUAAGAUUCAGUUAUUUUCUUCAA